AUGUCUAAGGCGUUUCGUGAAUCUGUGCGUAACAGCAUUUCAAGCGUCGGAAGUGCCGUGAAGUCUAAGUUCGGCGCUGCUAUUUUGUCGAAAUAUGGGUGGAAGGAGGGUGAGGGUCUCGGUAAGAACCGCGAUGGCAUUGUGGAUCCUGUGAAGUUGCGAGCCGCUAAACACAACGAAGGCCUAUGUUAUGUCGAGCAUGUGCAGUUGGGUAGGAAGGAUUCCGACCAGUGGCACAACUGGUGGGACGAGCUGUACAACGAAAUGGCCAGCAAGUCAACCAAGGUCACCUCUGUAACGUCCACAGUAACGGAUAAGGGAAGCAACACUGAAAAUGGUGAAAGUGAUUAUUCGCAUAGUGGCGACGACGAGUCGGCGGUAGACGCCAGCAGCUCGGAGCUUUCCUCGGAUGGCGAAACGAGCUCCGACAUCAGCUCUGAAUCGAGCUCAUCCGACGAGUCCAAUCGCAGCGACGGAGCGCAACUACAGCAUCAUUCGUAUAAUAGCGAUAUAUACCGCAAGCACAAGAUGAUUAGAGUACGGCAGGAUGUUGAGACUGUGGGUGGAGGUGAUUGCGGCGACGCUGUUGCAAAUCGCCGUAGCGACUCAGAUCAGGAAUACGCUGUGGAAGCUAAUGAGGGAGGACAUAGCAGCGACUCGUCUACAAGCGACUCUGGCGUAUGUUCACGGACUAGAAGCUCUGGCCGCCGCAUUACCCCUGUCGACGUUUUGUCGGGAAGCGAUUCGGAAGCACCAUCAGCUCCGAAGAUUUCAAGCAUCGGCAAUGGAAAUGCAGAAAAUGUCAAACGCCAGCCGCGACACAAGCGCCUCAUUGCCUCACACGACAACAAUGCAGCAGACUCAACAGCAGUGGCGGAGAAACGGACUAGUCAGGGACGCGAAACUGACGAGCGCAAGAAGUCACAUCGGCGUAAGCGCCAGAAACAGAGCUCAAACAACGCCUAA